AUGGGAAAGAAUGUCAUCUUUAUGUUGCUGGCAAUGGUCUACUUGCUUAUCAACAUUGUUACAUCUCUAAAUAGCUCCACUGAUGAGUAUGUUCUUCUAGCUUUCAAAGAUCAAAUAACUUCUGAUCCAAAUAAUAUCUUGACAAAAAAUUGGUCACAAGGAACCUCGUUCUGCAAUUGGAUUGGCAUUACUUGUGGUAGAAGACAUCAAAGAGUUAGGGUAUUGAAUCUAGCAGAUAUGGGUCUAGGAGGUACUAUUGCUAAAGAAAUUGGUGAACUCUCUUUUUUGAGAUCCUUAAUUAUUAGCAAUAACAAUUUUCAUGGGUUUAUCCCUAAUGAAAUUGGUAAGCUCAGCCAGCUUCAAGAAAAAGAGAUGCAACACAAUAAGCUAACUGGUUCUAUUCCACCAACUUUUGAAUUUCUUGAAAAUCUAUUGACGUUAAAUAUCUCCCAUAAUGGACUCACCGGAAAUAUUCCUAACAGGAUUUUCAACCUCACUUCUUUGAUUGAAAUUAGUUUUGGAAACAAUAGUCUCUCAGGAAGUCUACCUAUGGAUAUUUGCUUCAAUCAUCCAAAGCUAGAGAGGCUAAGGAUUUCAAUGAAUCAAUUGACCGGCAACAUUCCUCCAAGCUUGGGAGCUUGCAUGAAUCUAAAACUACUUUCUCUGUCAUACAAUAAUUUUGCCGGAAGCAUUCCAAUGGAAAUCGGGAAGUUGUCAAAGCUACAAGUUCUCUAUCUCGGAGGAAAUAAUUUGGCAGGAAAUAUUUCAAAUGAAAUUGGAAACCUAUCAGCAAUUGAAGAUCUAGAAUUGCUCUCCAACAAUUUGAAUGAUUUUUAUUCUGGUGGAAAAUCUAAACGAACAUUGGGUUUCCACCUAUGCAUUUUACAUUCUUUUGGCAAAUGUUUUUCGAAAUGUGUGCUUUCUGAUCUACCUCCUGCAACCCAAUCUACUGUCCAAUACAUCUUCAUGGUCUUUAGCUACUUGUAUCACCAAGUGGAAUUCCAAAAACCUCCUGUUCUUGUCCAGUUCCUGUGCUUGUCAUCCACCUCUCUUAAUCCUCUAAUGAGAGAGUCUCUUCCUCAACAGAUAAAGAAGUCCAGGUGUUUUGUCUUCACAAACUUUGAUGUUUUCCCCAACAAUAGAUUGCCCGGAUCACAAGGUGUUUAUGGAUGA